GCAGCGAAGGAAUAGGUUCACCUACCACACACACACACCAUAACACCACCACCACCACCUCCAUCUCUUCUAUGGCAUUUUCUCUCUUUAAUUCCAUUCCUUUUUAGCCUCCUCUCCUCUUUUGUCGUUUCAUUUCACUUCUCUUCAAAAACACCAACAGCUUUCACUACUACUACUACAACGCCAACAACAUUUCUCCUCCUCCAUCUUCCUUCGUCAAGGAAAAUUUCUUCGUACAAGUAACAAAGAAAGAGGGAAAAGAAAAAAAAAAAGAAAUCAUGAUUGGACCAAACUUCAUGGAUGAGAUAGACUGCGGGAGCUUCUUUGACCACAUUGACGACUUCCUUGAUUUCUCUAAUGAAGAUAUCGAUGCUGGGUUAGCUGCUGUCGAUUCUAAGUCGUUCCCUAGUCUCUGGCCAACUCAGUCCGACUCAUUGCCCGCUUCCGACUCGGUUUUCUCAAACAACAGCUCCACGACAGACCUCUCCGCUGAGCUCUCCGUUCCAUAUGAAGACAUUGUUCAACUUGAAUGGCUUUCAAACUUUGUUGAGGAUUCCUUCUCUGGUGGAAGCCUUACAAUUAAUAAACAGGUUUCAUCCUCCAUUAAUAAGGAUGAGUCAUCCCUUAGUCAGUUCCGGACGUCGAGUCCAGUUUCUGUUCUGGAGAGUAGUAGCUCCUGCUCAGGAGAGAAAACUGUGUUGAGCAGCCCCGAAACACUUGCCCCAGGAAGACAUGGACGUGCUCGCAGCAAGCGUCCUCGCCCUGCAACUUUUAAUCCUCGCCCUCCUGUUCAACUUAUCUCACCGACUUCUUCAGUCACUGAGGCGCACCAGCCCUUUGUUGCCCCUAAGAUACCAUCCGAUUCUGAGAAUUUUGCCGAGUCUCGCCUUGUGAUCAAGAUACCAAAGCAAUUUAACUCUGAGCAUAAGAAGAGAAAGAAGAUCAAAUUGACAGAUCCCCAAGAUUCUACUGAGAACAAUCAAAACCAUUCAACUCAAGCAGUUAGGAAAUGCAUGCAUUGUGAGAUAACAAAGACACCGCAAUGGAGGGCAGGACCGUUGGGGCCAAAAACCCUUUGCAAUGCGUGUGGUGUUCGUUACAAAUCAGGGAGGCUCUUCCCUGAAUACAGGCCUGCCGCUAGCCCAACCUUUGUUCCAUCCUUGCACUCCAAUUCACACAAGAAGGUUCUUGAAAUGAGAAGCAAGGGUGACCAGAAGCCUGCAAUUGGUGGAAUGGAGAAAAUGAUAACCAAUUCUCCAGAGUUGAUUCCAAAUAACAAUAACCUUGCACUGGAGUACAUUUGAGGGAAAUGAUACAGAGGGCAAUAUUCCUCUUCGACUUCCCUCACUUAUUCUGGUCUUAAUAUGCUAUUUGCUUACUGUUAUUUCAUUUCUUCUUUCAUUUGAUUUUGUACAGGGAUGAAAUGGGGGGAAUUAGGAAGCCGUAGAUGACCAAUAUUUUAGCUAGUAGAAGGGAAGAGAAGAGAAGAGAAGAGAAGGAUUGUAAUGAGAGAACUGAAACAUAGAGAAAGGAAGAUUUAAGGGUAGUAGAGUUUAGACUUAGUGAUUUGAGUUAGGCCCUUGAGGUCCCCUUAGAUGUUGAGUUAUUGUGCUUCCCUUUAUUUUUUUCUUGUAUUCUUUUUGUUGUUCUUCCUUUUCACUGGGAAUUCUUUUUGCAGUUCAUUUGUUAGUAGAAAUUUCUGAGAUCAUGAGUAAUGCAAUUUGAGAAGUUUGUUA